AUGACGGACGUCCAGUAUGUCCUGUGCAGAUGGGAGAAGCGACUGUGGCCUGCCAAGGUGUUGGCCAGAACUGAGAUGUCAACAAAAAAUAAGAGAAAAAAGGAAUUUUUUCUAAGCGUUCAAAUACUUUCCUUAGAUGAAAAGAUUGAGGUGAGAAGCACAGACGUGGAAAUCCUGAAGACGGCCCACAUCGAACGGAUCGCCUCCUCCCUGGCCUCCCAGAACAAGGUUCCUGCUGAACCCCUGGAGGAGCUGGCCUACAGACGCUCGCUUCGAGUGGCUCUGGAUGUUUUGAACCAAAGAACCAGUUUGCCUCAAGAAAGCUCUUCAAGGGAAGAAAGAACUGCUCUGUCUUCAGGAGAGAAGCCCAUGGAACUGGCCUCCUCGCUCUGUGACCCCAGCUCUUCUGGUCUCCAGGAAGACGUGCUGAGCAGUUCUGGACCUCAGAGGAGGGAACGUGUACACCCAAGGCUGUCGGGUUCACCCACUUGUAGAAAGGACUCCAAGUGCAAAGACCACAAGAGGGAGCUUGGGAAAAGUGAAAGUGCACGGGCCUCAGUGGUCCCCUCAGCCAGAGGGGGUUCUCAGGACGCCAGUGGAUCAAGAACGUGCUGCAGAAGGCAGACAACCCUGAGUAAAAGGGGAAGAAAUGUAGCACAGGAGCCUAGCUCGUGUCAGAGAGUACCUUCACUCUCAGAGGGAGAUGGUGAAAAAGACAGCAGUCCUCCAGCCCCCGGCUCACCUCCCAACUUCAGGGAGGGGGGUCUCUGGGCCAAAGGGCGAGACCCGGGUUUGCCUCUGCGUGGCCCCACAGUGCUCCCGACCCCGGGGCGGCCCGCCUGCCCAGAUGCCCGAGGCCGCCCUGCCAAGCGUCUGCACCCAGAAGGCAGCCAGAGGCUGCCCACCCCACAGCGGGAGCCAGGGGCAGUGCCCAGGCAGAGGCCGAGGGGAUGCAUGACUUUGCGCAGCGCUGCCAAACUCAGCCUGCCUGCCCCCCAUGCUUCCCCAGAGGAGACAAGAAAUCCUCGCAUCCUGGUGGAGGAAGACCGUCAGUCUUCCGGAGAGUCAGUCGACUUCAGUCCCAUUCAUCCCGUCCUGGAGGAAGAGGACGACGAUGAGGAACCCCCCAGAAUCCUUUUGUAUCACGAACCACGCUCAUUUGAAGUAGGAAUGCUGGUCUGGCUUAAACACCAGAAAUACCCCUUCUGGCCAGCAGUGGUCAAGAGUGUCCGGCGAAGAGAUAAGAAAGCCAGUGUGCUCUUUAUCGAGGGGCACAUGGACCCCAAAGGGAGAGGGAUCACGGUGUCUCUCAAGAGACUGAAGCACUUUGACUGCAAAGAGAAACAGGCGCUUCUGAACGAAGCCAAGGAGGACUUCGACCAGGCCAUCGGCUGGUGCGUCUCCCUGAUCACCGACUACAGGGUCCGGCUUGGCUGUGGUUCUUUCGCGGGCUCUUUCCUGGAGUAUUACGCUGCCGAUAUAAGUUAUCCCGUCCGCAAGUCCAUCCAGCAGGACGUCUUGGGGACCAGGUUCCCGCAGUUGAGCAGGGGGAACCCCGAGGAACCUGUGGCGGGGAGCCCCCAGGGGAGGAGGCGGCCUUACAGGAAGGUCCUCCCUGACCGGUCCCGGGCUGCCCGGGACCGGGCCAACCAGAAGCUGGUCGAGUACAUCGUGAAAGCGAGGGGCGCCGAGGGCCACCUGCGGGCCAUCCUGAAGAACAGGAAGCCAUCGCGGUGGCUGAAGACGUUUCUGAAUUCGGGCCAGUACAUGACGUGCGUGGAGACGUACCUGGAGGACGAAGAGCAGCUGGACCUGGUGGUGAAGUACUUACAGGGGGGGGUCUACCAGGAGACGGGCAGCAGGACGCUGGCGCGGGUCAGCGGCGACCGGAUCCGCUUCAUCCUGGACGUUCUUCUGCCCGAAGCCAUCAUCUGCGCGAUCGCGGCAGUGGAUGCUGUGGAUUACAAGACGGCUGAGGAGAAGUACCUCAGAGGACCGUCCCUCAGCUACCGGGAAAAAGAAAUAUUUGAUAACCAGCUCCUAGAAGAGAGGAGUCAGCGGUGCUGA